CCAUCUCCCCAUCUUCUCCCUCCUCUUCUUUCCGCUGAAAAAAAAUAUGGGACCCAACCUCUAGGGUUCAUUUAAAAUUCAGAUCUUUCGUCGUUCUACCGAGUUCUUUUAUGCCGCCCAUGAAGUUUUUCGUUGGAUUGGUUAUCUAUUUAAACUGCCCCACUAUUCUUUAUAGGAUCGGUUCCUGAAGGUUGCGGGUAGAGGGAAGGAGGUGAGGGGGCUUAGGAGGAGGAUUUGUGAGGGGCUUGUCUCGGCUUCUGAUCUUCUAAACUCGUGCCUUUCUGCAACAAUGAUGGAUAUGUUACCCGAUGCCAUUAUCCAACAAAUACUAUCGCACAUAAGCAACGCUCGAGAUGUUGCUGCCUGCAGCUGUGUCUCCAAGAGGUGGAAGGACUGCGUUCCUUACAGUCCAUCACUCUACUUCCCACGCAAUGCCUUUCAUUCCGUUUCUGAUGCAGAUUCCACAAUCUCCCGAAUAAUCUCCAUUGUCGUCCACUUGGAGGAGCUAGUUGUUUACUGCCCCUUUUCUGCACCAAGCCUUGCCUCAUGGAUCUCCCUCCACAACAGUUCUCUUCGAAUCCUCGAGCUUCGAAUGGACAGCGCAGUGGAUAAGUUCUUUGGGGGCAGAGCAGAGGGAAGCGGAGGUCGAGUGGAUUGCAUUGGUGCAGCGCAUAACUUGGAAACUCUCAAGCUCUGGGGUGUAUCCUUAACCAAGUCUCCAAGUUGGGGUGUUUUUAAGAGGCUCAAGACAUUGGAGAUCAUUGGAGCAGCACUUUGUGAUGAUGCAUUGAAGGAUGCUAUUAAGGCUUGUCCUAAUCUGACUGAUUUGGCUUUGCUUGCUUGCGAUGGAGUUACAACAGUUUCCAUUGAAUUGGAGUGGUUGGAGAGAUGUAGGCUGGAUUUCUUAGGUCCAGGGAAUUGUUCACUGUCUGUGAACUCGAUGAGGCUUCAAGUGCUUGAAAUCCAAGGUUUUAGUUGGGUCCGUGUUAACAAAAAACAUAAAUUAAGGAGUCUCUGCAUUUCUAAGAAUACAGGUCGGCUGUAUGGAGUUGAUACAGGAAAGCUUGUGGACUUGGAACAUUUGUCUCUCAGAGGAGUCCAAUGGAGCUGGAAUGCAAUAAGCUCGGUUCUUCAGUGUGCAAGUGAUGUGAAACAUUUAGUUAUGAAGAUCGAAUUUUGUGGGGACUUCGAAACUCUGCAGCCAUUUCCGGAGAUUGAUUUGGUGGAGUUCUUUAAUAAUCAUCCAAAGCUGAUAACUUUAGAAAUUCAUGGUGCUAUGUUCGCUGCUUUAUGUCAAAAGAACAGUCUCAGGAAGCUGGAUUCAAGUUUUGUGAUUCCUAAUUUGGAAGAGGUUUUGGUGACAGUGAGAUCACCAUUAAACGCGGAGCAGAAGCUCAACACUCUUGAAUCAUUGGUUGAUUUCAGCGUGAAGUUGAGGAAGAUGGUUAUCAGAAUUUCACAGAUGAAGAACUGUCAUGAAACCGCUGAUGAUUUCUUUGAAGAGAUUUGCAGAUUCAAGUAUUUGAAUAACGAUAUUGUUCACAUUGAAUAAAAUUUGCUUCUUUUUUUAAAUAAAAUAAUCAAGCGAUUCAUGAAAUCAUCUGACUGGUUAACUAGUAUGCUUUUCAAAUUCAGCAUAUUUGUUCAAUGCCAUUCAGCAUGUUACUCUUUUCUUCAUUUUCAU